UAUAGAACAUUGUUUUGUUACAAUAUCUUAUACCUAAUGUAUUUUGAUUAUUCUUGGUAUUUUAUUAAUUGAUUUAUGAUAAUAAGUAUAUUUCAUAGAACAAUAUGUUUGGAAAAAGAGAAAACUUAAAACGACAAACGCGACCUGCUGAUAAUCUAGCGCAGUAUGGAAUCUUCAAUAUGUCAGAAAAUUUGGAUGAUAUAGAAAAUAAUUUUAUGGAUAAUGACGAUGAUGAUAAUGAUGAUUUGGAAGCUGAAUUAGCAGCUUUAACAGCUGAUGAUGACAAUAUUGAAAAAUUUAGACAUGAUGCAUCUCGUAAACUACUUCCUAAAAAAAAAAAUUUAAAUAUAAUAGUAGCUGAAGAUAUGAAAGAUAUAAAUUUUGAGGAAGAAUUAUCUGAUGGAGAAAAUGAUCCAGAAUUACUGAGUGAACUUAAGAUGAUUACAAGUGAGGAGGAAUCUUCUGAAAGUAUGUUUCCAGAAAAAAAAGAGAAUUCAGUAAUUGAAAAUAUAAAACAAUCAGAAACGCAAAAUGAUAAUAUAUCUAUGGAAAACAUAAUUAAAUUAUUACAAGAAAGAUUACAGCUUUAUCAAAUUGCUGAAAAAAAAGCAAAGCAAGAAAAUGAAUUAAGUCGAGCAAGAAGAUUUAAUAGAGGCAUUAAAACACUUAAAGAAUUAUUGAAUAAUGUUCAAGUUGGGAAACCUAUUAAUGAAAGUGAUAUACCACCACAAUUACCAUCACAUGCUAUAGAUGAAACUAAUGCAAAUAUAUUAGAAACUAAUAAAACAGAAUCUACAGAAGAAAAUAUUGCUACAAGUAUGGCUGAUACUAUUUUAUCUGAAAAAAUAGAUAUUGUUGAAAAACCUACUUCUACAAAAAAUAUAGAUGAAAAAGCUUUAAAAUUAUUAAAAGAUAGACAACAAGAAUAUAAAAUAGCUGCAAUAGCAUGGAAAAGAGCUGGUAACAUGAAAGAGGCACUUCAAUUGUUAAAUAUAGCAAAACAUUUUGAUAUAGUUAUUUCAGCAGUAAAUGAAGGAGAAACAGUAGAUUUAUCAGAUAUGCCACUCUCUCCAAACAUUCCUGAUUCAACUACUAUCAUAUCAUCAAAUGAAAAAUCAGAAAAAACAGAAAAUGAAAGACAAGGAAAAUCUUCCACAGAUAUAACUUCAGCAGAAGUGAAAUCAUCAAGUCCAGAAAAUUUAGAAGCUGCCUUAAUAGAACGUCUUGAAGCAUGUAAAAAAAUGAAAGCAACUGCAGAAACCGAAGGAAAUUCUCAUAAAGCUCGCAGAUAUGGCCGUAUUUGUAAACAGUUUGAAGAUGCUAUUAAAUUAUAUGUUCGUGGAAAACCCAUUCCCCUUGAUGAGUUGCCUACUCUACCUGGUUUUGAACCCCUUACAAUUGCUACACAAUCUGUUCUUGAUCCAGAAAUAGAAAAAAAUAAUAAACCAUCAGAACCAAAACUACCAACUAGUUCAGAAUCUGAAUCAUUUGAAAAUAAAAUUUCUUCAGAUCCAAAAACUCCUAUUUCUCCUUCAAGAGUACAAAUAGGAAAGAAACAAGUUCAAAAGACAUCACACGCAGAGAAACAGCUAGCAUUAUUACAACAACGUCAACAUGAAUUAAAACAAGCUGCUCUUAAUGCAAAAAAAGAUGGAGAUAUAGAAUUAGCUCGUACUUAUUUAAGACAAGCAAAAGGAAUAGAUCCAUUGAUUGAAGCUAGUAAAGGUGGCUUACCUGUUGAUAUGAAUUCCAUACCAUUAUCUCCACAAGCAAAAAAGGAACUUAAUGCAGAUAGUAUAAUAGGUUUAUUGAAUGAUAGUUUCACAAUAAUUAAUACUGAAGAUUGUUUAGAAGAAACAACUGGAACAGAUGAACAAAUUUAUGAAAAUCUUGAAUCACAAUUAACAAAACAAAUUAAGUGGUGUUUAUGCACAAGAGAUCACUGUAAAGCAUUAGGAGAUGUAUCUGGAUAUAAUAAAUGGGAACGACUUGCAUUGAAUUACAAACGAGAUUUUGACAUGCUGAUAGUUCGAAAACGUGAUGCACUGCCACCACCACAACAUCAUUAUGAGAUAAAAACUCAUACAAUAGUUCAAAGUUGUACUGAUUUAAAUGAUAGUGACAUAGAAAUUUCAAUAAUUAGAGGAGUAAAUUAUUCGAAAGAUGCAGAUACUUAUGUUUUAUUGGAAUUUCCUUAUCCUUCAGAUAAUCCUCAAUCAGAUAGAACAACUACUAUUAAAGGAACAUGUAAUCCAGAAUAUGACGCAAUAUUUUCAUUAACUGGAAUAGAUCGUACAUCAAGACAAUGUCAACGAGCAUUCAAAAGACAUGCAUUGAAAUGUCAAAUUUGGGCUAAAGGAUGCUCGCUGAAUCCCAUCCUGUGUUGUAUUAAUCCAAGAGGAUUUUUUAGAAGUGAUAGUCUUUUAGGUACAGUGACAGUGAAAUUACAACCCUUGGAAACUCAAUGUGUACUUCACGAUUCGUUUCCGUUAAUGGACGGAAGAAAACCAACAGGUGGAAAACUUGAGUUAAAAAUACGAUUGAGAAAUCCGAUUCUUACAAAACAAAUAGAAAAAAUUACAGACAAGUGGCUAAUUAUUGAUUACUAAUAUAAAAUAUUAUGGAUUUGUGAUUUGAAGUUUUCUUUGCUACUAAUAGCAUUAUUGAGGCCUUGGAAAUAUAACUAUUUAAUUAUAAUGUGAUAGAAA